UGCCGCUCUGUCCGCCCGCCGGGCGCCGCGAAGGAGGCGGUGGCGGGGCAGCACGGAGCGGACCGCGGGCUCGGCGUGAGGCGGUGGCGGCGCCGAGCCCAGCCCGGCCCGGCCCGGACCAGGAGGUGAAAGUCUUGAUCCCGGCUGAACUCGCUGCGGGGCCUGCGGGAGCAGUAUGGCCGCCAGCCUGUGGAUGGGGGACCUGGAGCCAUAUAUGGACGAAAACUUUGUUUCAAGAGCCUUUGCCACCAUGGGAGAGCUUGUUCUGAGCGUAAAAAUCAUUCGAAACAGGUUGACAGGAAUUCCAGCAGGCUAUUGCUUUGUAGAAUUUGCAGAUCUAGCUACUGCAGAGAAAUGUUUACACAAAAUCAAUGGGAAACCGCUUCCUGGUGCAACACCGGCAAAGCGAUUUAAGUUGAAUUAUGCGACGUACGGGAAGCAGCCAGACAACAGCCCAGAGUAUUCCCUCUUUGUGGGAGACCUGACCCCUGAUGUGGACGAUGGCAUGUUGUACGAGUUCUUUGUCAAGGUGUAUCCAUCCUGCAGAGGAGGAAAAGUGGUUUUGGACCAGGCAGGAGUAUCCAAAGGUUACGGGUUUGUGAAAUUCACAGAUGAACUGGAACAGAAAAGAGCUCUGACAGAGUGCCAGGGAGCUGUGGGCUUGGGCUCCAAGCCUGUGCGCUUGAGUGUGGCUAUCCCCAAAGCUAAUCGUGUGAAGUCACUGGAGUACAGUCAGAUGUACAGCUACAACUACAACCAGUACUACCAGCAGUUCCACAGCUACUACGCGCAGUGGGGGUAUGACCAGAACACUGGCAGCUACAGCUACAGCUACCCGCAGUACGGCUACACACAGAGCACCAUGCAGACAUACGAAGAGGUUGGUGAGGACGCGCUGGAAGCACCUGAAGCAGAAAGGAGACUUUCAUGUGGAGCUACAAAACAUCUGUCACUUGGAUUGUGUAGGGUUUGUGUUUUGGAAUCCAUGUUAAACAAAGUGUGGGAUUAUUUCUCUCAUGGACAGCUACAGGAAUAACCCUGCUUAAUUACCAUGUAAAGGAAGAUGAAAGCUGAGGACUCCGCCUGGCAAGGUUCAAUCUGCUUUUAUCUUCAGGUGCUAGAAGGCAAGACAACCAAGGCAGGUGGUACCACAGCUCAGCAGCGUUGUGUAAGUCUGGAAAAUUGCAUCAAGCUCCACAGCUGGGAGCUGGAAGAUUUCUGGCCCUGAGCCUGCAGUGUUUGUGAUUCCAGUGUCCCUCUUAUGAGGGUGAAGACGUGGUGAUGCUCCAGUUUGGGUUACUCUGAACUGAAAGGACUCUGGGAGUGCUGUUUUGCCACAGAGACUGAAGGGGCUUUUCCAGCUGCAGAGCUGGAAGGACGUGGGUGUUUGGCAUGAAAUGGUGGUUUCCACAGCCUAGGCUGGUGGCCCAUUGCCAUCAAUGGGUGGUUGAUUAAAAGCUUGACAGUAAGCAUGGGGGUGGCCAAGGAGAAAUUUCAGCUGGCUCCCAGCAGGAUGGAGAGGCUGAAACAGUUUCUCUAGCAGAUGUGGGGCAGUACCAGAGUUGAGGGGCCUGACAGUGAUGGUUUCUGUGUUAAAUUCUUGUUACUUAGACUGGUUUCAGCAGACAGGUUCCUGUGCUGCACUCCCAGAGGUACCAAACACCCUAAGAUGUUUCCUUGAAUCCUUUUGAGGAACAGAAAUCUUUGCCUCUGAUCUUGCAUCCCUGGUUACCAGCUCACUAAUCCCCAGCUUCUGCUGAGCAAGAUCUGAGAGAAAUUUUUACCUUCCAGCUUUGCUAUCUCCCAGCACAUAUUGUAAGCUUUCCAGAUACACCAGUUCCUGGGUUUGACUUGGGAUUUGCUUAGACAUGAAAUUAAUUCAGUGGCAGGAGAGUCUGACAGCUCUGGGUGGAGACGGGCAGAGCUAGCUCAGGACAUGGCACUUGGCACAGCUUGCUUUAGCUUUGGGCUUGGCUGGAGCAUUUCCUCAGGAAAUCACCUCUGCAUUUCCAGUGACUCUGCUUUUCCUCCUAAACAGUUACUCCCAGUCACAGUGGGUUUGCUGAGUGCAGUAAGAAGGGUUUGGGGAUGCUGUUUGGUACACAAUCCUGUUUUCUCAGCCAAUAGGAGACUGGGGAGGGAUCUCAUUAAUACUUGUAAUUACAUUCAUUACCAUUAAUGCUUAAAGGGCAGGUGUCAGGAGGAUGGAGCCAGACUCUUCUCAGUAGUGUCUAGUGACAGGACAAGGGGUAAUAGACACACACUGGAACCCAGGAGGCUCCAUCUGGACAGGAGGAGAAAUUUAUUUGGUAUGAGGGUGCUGGAGCACUGGAUCAGGCUGCCCAGAGAGGUUGUGGAGUCUCCUUCUGUGGAGACUUUCAAAACCCACUUGAACGUGUUCCUGUGUGAGUGACUCUAGGGUAUCCUGCUCUAGCAGAGAGUUGAUGCUCCUCAAAUGUCCCUUCUGACCCUCACCAUGCUGGGAUUCUGUGGCUCUGUGACAUUGUGCUGCUCCUGGUGGGAGAAUUUCUAGGACGAAAUCCGUGGUAGAUAGCAGGGUUAGGUGAUGGAGAGCUGUGUGUGGCUAAGGCUGCUUGUGUCCCCUCAGCAGACAGGGUCUCUGGGGAACCACUGGCACCGCAACCUGCCUGGGUCUCCAGCCCCCUGCCUGCUCUCCCUUAGCGCUUCCCUGUGGAUUGUCUGCUCCCGCUUGCCCACUGCUGGGAACUGCAGCCUCUUCCAGCGCUGGCUCCUCUCCCUCUGUUGGCUCUCGUCCUGUGCUAUAGGAGGGACUGAUGUGAGGCCCCCAGCCGUGCCAGGAGUUUUCUUCAGGGCUUCAUGGUCGAAUACCACAGACAGGCAGUGGGGUUUUCUUCUCUCUGGAUCUCCAUCCAUCUUCUCAUCUCCCACGCACCCAUGGUGUCACUCUCUGGAAUUCCUCCCCUUUAGCAUUUGUAAGAUUUUAAUCUCAAACACUCAAUGUUUACCAGGGUUUAAUUUUU